AUGACGGGGAAUACACCAGAGAGCCGCCGGUAUGCUGAUGCAGCAUUCCUCGCGCUGGUGCGGGAGCUCUCGUUCUUGAACACCCUAGACACCGCGGACGCGUUGCAGAUACUCAGCCAAUCGCCAUAUGGCUCGCUCGGUGCGGUACGCCACCUCACCAUAUACGACGGAGCCUGGCCUAGAGCCGCCUCACAAGGGGAGUGGAAGCGUCACCCUCUGAUUCUUAGCAGAAAGUGGGAUCCGGGCGCCGCCCAACUGGCAUACCGUCGCUACGAGCAAUUCCUUCGACAGGAAGCGUCCCGUACGUUCGGUACGGAUGUUCAGCUGUUUCGGACCGUUCUUACCCACUUCCCUUCCCUUAGGGAGCUCACGCUUUCUCAUGUCCACGCCUGGGAGAUGUCCUACCUGAACUACGCACACUUUCGCAACCUUAUGGACAGCAUUUGGGUAAUCCCUUCCCUCGAGACCUUUGUGGCGAAGGCCAUGUCACGGCUACUCCCUGUGCUCGGGACGUGCUCGCGCCUUCAACGGCUCAAUGUGGAAGGCCUCUUGGAUGCACGGGACCUAGAGCCGGGGCGGUAUGAUAAUAUCCGACACCUCUGCCUAAACUCCGUCCUCGCUGGCGAGGGCCUCGAGGGCAGCAUAGCCAAGUUCUUGAACUCCUUUCCAGGGCUUACGGCCCUAACGAUUAGGACGUUCCUGCACGGUCCUAUCUACUAUCAGCGGCUGCCUCUAAACCAGAUAUGCUGGUUCGACCUACAGUUCUACGAAAUUUUAGGCGCUUGGGUGCCGGAAAACGAGCUUUUCGACUUCACCGAACGCCACCCUUUGAAGCGCCUGACCUUAAAGAAAGUUAAAUUUACGAGGCAGAUCCUGGAAUCUUUCUUCAGUCGAGUACGCGAGUUGAAACCACGGCCCAACAUUGUCUGCCAAGGUGUUCAACCCAGCAGAAACUCUCAGGGAGGUCUCAUGGGGAGCGUCGAGUCGCAGAGUCUUCUGGAUUCCUUCCUUGCACACGCCGAGUUCCCGUGGCCUUUUUCGGACCCAAAUGAAGAUAUCCCCAUGUUUUCUCUCUUACCUUAG